UGGCGAAAAAAUAAAAAGAAUAAAUAACAAAAAUACAAAAUAAUUUUGUAUAAGAAAUUUUGUAAAAGUGACUGUAGUAGCGGCUAUCAGGCUAGCAAGUGUUCCGUAAACUACUGAAGAAAACUGUUAUACAACAAGGAUUUUGAAUUGAAAAGUCAUAUAAAAACAAAAAAAAAAAACAGAAAAAAAAAAUACUAUAAUGUCGAAUUGGGGUGAAAAUAGUAGUAAUAAAAGGUCUUCGCGGUCAAAAACACGCAUUCAAUAUUUAAAAGAAAAUUAUAAUAAAAAAGAAAAUUAUGAAUCAAUACCAUUAUAUCAAUCAAAAAAUCAAAAUAUUAAUAAUAGUGAAAGAAAUGAAUUAAAUUUUAAUGAGAAAUUAUUAAGAAAAAAUAUUAAAAGUAGUGAUUUAAAUUCAAAAACAAAUACAACAAAAUAUUCAAAAAUACGUGAAAGAUUAAAAGAUCUUAAGCGUUUAACAAAUUUUUCUAAUUAUAAUAUACAAAAUAAUCAAUUAUUAAAUAAUAUUACGAGUAGUAUAACAAAUAAUGAUAAUAAUAAAAGUAAUACAAUUGAAAUCAAUGAAAAUUCAUUAGACAAUAAAAUUAAUCAAACUCCGUCUUCAUUAUUGCCAACAACAACAGCAACAGCGAUAGCAACAACAGCAAUUGCUAAAGAAAAGGAUAACAAUUAUGUUCGUAUCCAAGUGAAAUACGAUGACAUUGAGAAAACAAAUAAUUUGGAAAUUUUUGAAAAUUUUAAUUCUAAUAUAAAUAAUAUUAUUACUAAUCCAACAAAUUUAAAUUGUAAUAUUAAUGAAUCAUUAAUAAUCGAAAAUAAUGAAAAUUUUCAUGAACAAGCAAUCGAUUGUCCCGAUGAAUUUUUAGAACAACAGAAAUUAAAAAAAUUAAAAAUUAAGAAUAAAAAUUAUAAGGAUAAAAUCAGGGAUUUUUUAAGGGAAGAUUGGAUUCAAACAGCGAACAAUUCAAAUGAUCUUUCAAUAUCACUGACGUCAUAUGACCAAAAACAUACAAAAUUUCCAUCGAAUUUACAAAAAUCUAAAAAAUAUUUCAAUGAGAAAAUUUUUACAAAUGAAAAGAAAAAUUUAAAUAAAAUGGGAACAGCGUGUUCAACUCAUUUACAAAAUCAUGUGCUUCCCGUAACAGAAAUUAAUCAUAAUGAAGUUGAUAGUAAUGGUGGUGGUGGUCGUUACAGUAGUAAAAAUGAAAAUUUUUCGUCAUCAUUAACUAAACAUAAUAAAAAAGCUGUUCAACCUGAUCAUAUUAUUCAAGUAAUUAGUGUUAAUGACGACGAUAAUAAAAACAAAAAUAUAUUAUUUUUAAAAAAGGAAACAACAUUAAAAAAUGAGAAUUCUCACUUAUCAAAUAAUUUCGGCACAAAAACUAGAUCAUCAUUUACACAAACUGAUUCACCAACGGAAUUAAUACAAUCAAAACAAUUAGAUAGCACUAAUACUAGAUACAGCAAUAAUAAUAAUAAUAAUAACAGUAAUUGUAAUAAUAUUCAACAACAACAACAAGAAUAUCAAGCUGAACAACAUUCUACAAUUGUUAAUUUACUUAAAAAUGAUUUAGAGCAAUCAUGUUCAAUUGAAACAGAUAAUAUAUUACAUCGAAAUAAUAGUGCUUUUAGUAAUGAUUCAACUGUAGAUGAUACAAAUUCAUUAAAUGCUGAUAGUUCUACCGAUAAAUAUUCAGUAUCAAAUAAAAUUAAAAAUAAAUAUUAUAAAAAAGAUAGUAAUGAAAAAAAUAUGUUUUAUGAUGGUGGUACUUCAUUAAAAUCAAUGCCAAGUACAAUUACAACAACGGCAACACCAAAAAAUAAUAUAAAUUCAAAACGUAAUUCCACACCAAAUUCUUUUAUUAGUAGUGGUAGUACUAGUAAUAAUUUUUUCAAAAAUUUAAGUGGUAGUGUUCAAAAUUUAGUAUAUGGUAGUCAUUAUGGUAAAAUAAAUCGAACAAAAAGUUUUAGUGAAAAUAAUUUAACAAAAUUUUUUAAUAAAAAAUCUCUCUAUAAUUCAAAUAAUAGUGAUAAAAAUAAGGAUAAGUAUUUAAGUAAUUCAAAAAUUGAUUAUUGUCCAUCAGUUUUAUAUAAUCGUAAACAAAUAGCUGAAAAUAAAGCGAUUAGAGAAUCACGUAAAAUCAAUUUAAAAAAUAUUAAAAAAAUGUUCUCACAUAAUUUACCAGGAUUAAGAAAUUCAAAGGAUAAAACGAAUAACAAAAUUCAAGACACAGAUGGAGGCUUUUUCGAAAAAUUUGGUUCAUUAUUACGUCAAAAAUCAUUAAUAGAAGAAACAAAUUUAUCAACUCCAUUGGCAGUAUUAACAGAAGAAACUUUCGAUGAAAAAGAAAUACAAAAUGAAAGUGAAGUAGGAGAAGAAGAAGAAGAAGAAGAAGGAAAUGAAGAAGAAACUAGACAAAAAUUAUUUGGUAAAACUAUGCGUGCUUUAAGUGGGGAAAAUGAAAAUGAUAGUGGAACAGAAACUUUACCAGACUCGGAUAGUGAUAUUGAAGAUCCGGAAGCAAAAAAACAACAACUCAUAGAAAGUUGUGACAUGAAUAUUGAAGAAUUAUAUGAGGAAGUCCUUCACGAGAUUUUACAUAAUAUUGGCUGUGAAACAUCAGAUGAUGUUUGCCAAACGGCUUUAUUGGAAUAUGUUCAAGAUGCUUUUAAAAUUCCAAAUGAUGUUCAUGAAAGAAUACUCACAUCAGCAGAAACAAAACAACCAUCUGAAAUUAGAUUAAAUGUUGAAAUAAUAAAAGCUGAAAAUUUAAUGCCAAAAGAUUCAAAUGGCUUAUCUGAUCCAUUUGUGACAAUGUAUUUGGAAUCAUUUUCAACACAUCGUUAUAAUACCUCAGUCAAGUCAGCCACAUUAAAUCCAGUAUGGGAAGAACAUUUUUCACUACCAAUUUCAGACAAUCCAAAUAGUGAAGUUCUAGUUUUAGAAGUUUGGGAUUUUGAUGCUGCAGAAACAGUAGGAGAAAAAAUGAAUAAAGUUUUUGAAGUUAAAGGAAUCAAAGGUUUUAGAAAAUUGAUGAAGGAAAUAGCUGUGACAGCUUCGACGGGUAAACAUGAUAACGAACUAAUUGGAAGAACAUCAAUACCACUUAAAUCGAUUCCAGCUUCAGGUAUUAGAGUUUGGUAUAGUUUAGAUAAAAAUGGAAAAAACUCAAAAAAUAGUCGCGGUUCCGUUUUAAUACAUAUGAGUUUUAGUGCAGAAAAGAAUAAUCGUGUUGCGGCACAAGAACAUCGUCAUCUUUUAAAAAUUUUAUUAAUGCAUGAAUUAGAAACAUCACAAGUAGCACAAUAUUGGUGGAGAGGAAAAUUUUGUACACAAGGUGAAGCAAUAUUAACACAACAUUCUGCACAAAGUGGACUUUCUGUAACGGAUUGUGCUAUGGCACAAUGGUCUGUAUUUGCACAAAUCAAUCAAAAGCAUCAUUUAUCAUUUUCGUUAUUUAAUUCAUUAUUGGAUAAAAUUAUUCCAACAUUACAAACAUUACCAAAUGAUGAUGAUGAAGUGAAAUUAUUUUGGGAAGGUGCAAAACGUUUAUUACCAUCAUGUUUUUCAAUAAUACGUAAAGUUAGACAAAAACUAUUUGGUGAUAAACAUGGUCUUAAAAUUUUAAAUGAAGUUUUGGAUAUUAUGUCAAAAAUAGCAAUGUUAGAACCGCCACCAGGUACUGAUCUAUUACCAAAAAAUAUUUAUGGAUGGAUUGUACGUGAUUCAGAUGAUUCCAGUCCUAAUUUUGAUAUAAGGGGUGCAUUACGUGAUUCAGUAAAAUCAGGUGCUUUAGAAUGGUUUGAGCACAUUAAUGAAGUUAGUAACUUUACUAAGGGAAAUGAAGAGGACCAAUUGCAACACUUAAUUAAACUUACUCAACUUGUUAGGACUGAUUUACAACAAGCAAUUGAAUAUUAUGAUAAAAUAUUUAAACAAAAAAUGCAUUUCAACUAUGCGCAAACACUCUAUUUAUUUUAUGAAAAGAAAUUAGCUGAAUACGCUCAGCCAAUUGUUGAAGAAGUUUGUAGAAAUAUUAAGAGAUUAAAUGUAUCAGAAGAUAGAUGGGAAAAGUUACCAGAGAAUGAAGAAAUCAAUAUGGGAACAACUUUGUUUGAAUUGUACUUAGUACUCAAACGAUUCACAACUUUAGGCUCAGCAAUGUGCCCAGGACAUGAUAAUUUAUCUAUUAAUAAGUAUCACGAUUGGUUUACAACUGGAGUUUCACAUUGGCUAGAUAUUUCAGUAUAUAAAGCUUUAACUAGAAUUGAAAAAGCAAUAGAUCUGGAUAAAUUAGUGCCUGUUGAUGAAACUGUAAAAUAUAGUUCAUCAGCUGUUGAUACAUUAGCAAUUUUUUAUCAAAUAAAAAUUUUUUGGCAACAACUUGGUUGGCCAGAUGCUGAAGGAGCUUAUAUAUUUGUUUCAAAAAUUGUCGAUGACAUCUGCAGAUGCUGUGUGUUCUAUGCUGACAGAAUGUCCAAGAGAGUUGAAGAAAUUGACUUCCACAUCAAUAAUAGAGAUAAAUUUGAAGUAACUAGAGAAUGGUGUUUAGCUAUAAAUAAUAUUGAUUAUAUUAGACAAAGUUUGAAUCCUUUUAUUAAAGAAUUAGGUGCCGAUGAAAUUAUUGUGAAAAUCGGUGAAUAUCGGAGUGAUUUAGAAGCACAACGUUGUUCUGCCACUAUAAAAAAUGUUAUUGAAAAUGCUAUUGAUACUGAAAGAAAUAAAAUUAUUGAAUUAAUUGAAGAAGUUGCACGUAAAAUGUCACCUGCUAUGAGAAGAUUUUUAACAGAAGGAGCUGAAAUUUUACAUCAAGAUUCAAAUUCAAUGGAUCGUAUUAUGAUGUAUUUAGAAAAUGCAUUAUCAACAUUAAAUGCUGAAUUAAAUGAAGUUAAUUUUGAAAGAAUUUUGGAAGCAAUAUGGUGUGAAAUUUCUGUUAUUUUAUUUGAAUUAGUUCAAGCAAAUUUAGAAAAACGUCGUCCACCAUCAUUCUUUUCAAAUUUACGUGAUACAUUGCAUGUAAUGGUAAAUAGUUUUAAGAUAUCAAAUAGUUGUACAACAUCAGAUAAAGAAACAUUGGAAAAUAUUGAAAGAUUAUUAGAAUUACAUGCUUUUGAAACAGCAGAAUUAAUUCAUCAGUAUUACCUACUAAGACUGGAAGACCAAAGAAAAAUGCAAGAAUAUCCAUAUGGACAAUUAACAGUACGAGGACGUUUUGUAUCAAAUGUUUUACAUUUGGAAAUAAUGAAUGCAAGAAAUUUAGUACCGAUGGAUUCAGAUGGAUCAUGUGAUUCAUUUGUUAAAGUGCAUUUUAUGCCAUCUGAUAAAUUUUUAGGAGUAUCUACACCAAAAACAUCAACACAAAAUAAAACAUUAUAUCCUUUAUAUGAUGAAAAGUUUACAAUAGUUCUUUCUGAUGAACAACGCAAAAUGAGCAAUGCUAUAAUGGUAUUUAGUAUUAAGGAUAAAGAUUUAUUUGGAAUGUCUAAUCAGUAUAUUGCGGAAGCUUAUUUAACAUUUGCAGAUUUUGAAACUACUCCCGAUGAACAAAUUCACUUAGGUCUUAGCAGACCUGAAUAUAAAGAUACAGACUGCUUACGUGCCUUAGAACAUCGUCAAGGAGAUAAACAAGCAAGAGAUUUCUUAAAGAAGCUUAAACAAAAAGCUUAUUAGAAAUGUUAAUAUUUUUUUUAUAUUUUGUUAAUAUUUAUACAAUAAUGAAUACACACAGAUAUAUUUUUUUUAUGAAGCAAUAAUGUAAAUGUAAUGUUAAUUUAGAGAAACAAAAUGUAAAAUUCACAAUUAAUCUCAAGAAUCCAUCCGCGAGUCGAAAAUGCUUUUUCUGCUUAUAAUUGUAUUAAUUAACAUUUUAAAAUUUAGAGAGAUUUAAAAAAAAAAGCAAUAAUUUUUUUUCUAAAUUUUAAUUUUAUAUAGAAUGAAAAACAAAAACACACAUUUGUAUGUACAUAUCUUAAAAAAUGAUAUGUAAAUUUUAUUUUAUAACGUUUUUGUACACACAUUUUGUAAAAUGUACCUAAAAACAAAAUUGCAUAAUUAUAUUGUAAA